CAGGGUCCUUGCACCUACUCGAUUGUCGUCCGUGCUUGCACACCCUCCCUCGCGUCCAAUCCCUCUGCGGGAAAGGCAUGCAACUGAGGUACUACUAAGCCGACGGUGAACCGCAUAUAUCUCCCUCCCAUAGCCACGCUUCGGCCCUGUCACCCUGUCACCAUGAAUCUUCGAGAAAAAGUUCGUCGGGUUUUCCGCCGGUCCAGCAGUGGGUCGUCGUCUUCGUCCAAAUCCAAGGGCAAUGGCAUCAAGAUUGAAUACUACAAACGACACGAAAUCCCACGCUCCAAAUUCAAGGGCCCCUUCGACCGGGAACACCAGAAGAGGCUUGCCGCAUGGUCAUUCGGGGAGGCUCAAGAGGAACGACCCCGGUCUCCCGAUCUAUCUCUAUCCCCGUGUGCGACACUGCCGGACUAUCUGAGGCCACAUGAGGACGACGAGGAUUUGGCCCCGGAUCAGAUUCGGACAGCAGCACCGGAGGUAGAAGUCUUAGUUGGUGCAGCCCCUACCGUCCGUCACGACGAAUACGCGCGCAGUCGGGACGACGACAGCGGCUCCUCCUCCUCCACGGCGGUCGACGCUGCCAGCUACACCGACUCAAUGAUGACGCUCUAUGCCGAUAUCCCCCGGCUGGGCUCGAUCGCACACCUCAAGGAAACGACCCGAUACACAUCCCCAGCUGUACGGGCCAUUUCGCCGCCGCCCCUUUCGCCCAAGGGGUGUUACAUGCCAUUCUCCCCGGAGGAACUGACACGGGCGUUGCACGCCGUGCAGAUCUGCACCUAGUUAUUUUUUUUUAAUUCGUCCCCGACAACUUCCGGCAAGAUCUUCGGUUCGUCGUCACGUGAUACGCCACCUACCGACUCUUACCCUAUUCUAUAUCCUACCUGCGACACGGGUACAAGCCUCUUCCCUUCCUCGACCCAAAUCUGCGGGUCGCGCAGAACGGUGACCCCGU